GCUCGAUCCCACAGUACCGGUGGCGGCGCUAGCAGCGGUAGCAGCAGCGCAGCUUCUGCGAUAUUUUGUGGGUUUGAAUUCGGCUUGCGGGCGAGGUCUUCCUGGACGCUCGCCUUUCUCUUUGCCUGGCCCCCCAACCCCAUUCAUUAGCAAACGAGCCUCCUCGCCAAGGACCGAGCUGUUCUGGCCGCUGUUUGGGAACAGCCGGAUCCCCGAACACGCUGUGUGUGCAAACUUUUUUUUUCCUCCCAACUUUUUGAAACUCAUCCUUUUAAAGGAGCUUUCAUUAUUCUUUAUCAGGACUUAAUAACGAUCGAGAGGAGGCGAAGGGAGCGCACACUUUCCGCGAUCUGGAAACUUAAUUCUAAGCGGCAAGUCAACCCAAACAAAGCUUGCGACCCUCUCCCAUCGCCGCCGCCGCCGCCGCCUCCAGCAGGCGAAGAUCCGGACGCGAAAAGCCAGCAAGCGGCAGCGUUUCCAGUGCCUGGAUUUUCUGCUUUUUUUUCGCCUGACGUCCCCCUCCAUCAGCUAGGUAGAAGACGCCGUUGCUUGGAAAGGCGAUUUCGGUUCCCCAUUCCCACCAAAACAUGCAGAAUUACAAGUACGACAAGGCGAUCGUUCCGGAAAGCAAGAACGGGGGCAGCACUGCCUUGAAUAACAAUCCAGCCAAAAGCUCCAGCAAGAAAGCUUUGUUGGUUUGUCUCGACCUCUUCUGCCUCUUCAUGGCUGGAUUGCCAUUUCUGAUCAUUGAAACGAGCACAAUCGCACCCUAUCCACGGGGAUUUUACUGUAAUGAUGAAAGCAUCCGUUACCCUAUGAAAAGUGGAGAGACCAUCAAUGAUGCUGUCCUGUGUGCUGCAGGCAUUCUUAUCGCCAUACUUGCUAUUAUUAUAGGAGAGUUCUAUCGGAUCCACUGCCUGAAGGAGAAAUCUCGAUCUUUUAUCCAGAACCCAUACAUUGCAGCAUUAUACAAGCAAGUGGGUUGCUUUGCAUUUGGCUGUGCUAUCAGUCAAUCUUUUACCGAUAUUGCCAAAGUGUCUGUGGGGCGCUUGAGACCUAAUUUCAUUGCAGUGUGUAUCCCCGACUUUACAAAAAUCAACUGCUCCCAGGGUUACAUACAAGAAUAUCAGUGCCUUAAUCCUGAUGAAAGCAAAGUCCAGGAAGCAAGGAAAUCAUUUUUCUCUGGUCAUGCCUCCUUCUCACUGUAUACCAUGCUUUAUUUGGUGCUGUACCUGCAAGCCAGAUUUACUUGGAGAGGAGCCCGCCUGCUGCGCCCAUUGCUGCAGUUCACAUUGAUCAUGAUGGCAUUUUACACAGGACUUUCUCGUGUGUCCGACCACAAACAUCACCCCACAGAUGUACUGGCAGGCUUUACACAAGGAGCCCUGGUGGCUUAUUGUAUAGUGUUUUAUGUCUCAGACCUCUUCAAGCAGAAAACAAAGGUGUUGCAGCCUCCUCCAAUCCGGAGGGAGAUAUUAUCACCUGUGGACAUCAUUGACAGGAAUAACCAUCACAACAUGGUGUAGACUUUUGACUUCUUUUUAUUUUUAUUUUUUGUUUUGUUUUGUUUUUGCAAAAUGACUGCUGACAGCAACUACCUGCUGCUCUCAACCUCAUCUGACAGUAGAAUGUAGGGAGAGACUUUUGCCUGACCGUCAGGUCUUACUCUGUGGCCUUUUUACUCUUUACAACAUUUGCAUAAAAUGGAUGUUGUUCAACCAAGUCAGAGGCAACAAUCACAAAACAAGUCAAAACAUGCAGGAAUUCUAAUUCUAAAUGUGCAAUUGGCUGAGUAUUCAUGUUGUAGUGAAUGCUAAAUUGUUCAUCCUUUAGUGAACACUAAAUAAUUGUUAGGAAACUGGCCAUCUCUGUUUUCUUUCCCCUUUCCAUCUUUCCUUCCUAUGAAGAUUUGUAAUUUCCUGUUAAGAAAAUGGGACGGGGGUGCAGAGAGACAAACCCUCACUAACUAAAUUAUAGCACUAUGUACAAGAAAUAAGCACUGACAUCGAUUGUGGUCACUUUUUAAGGAUAAUCUCUUAUAUAUCUAUAUAUUUUGGGUUCUUUCCAUUCCAUACUGUGACUUACUUAGAUUUAGAUGAAGCAUGCCCUGUAAAAUAUUAGAAAAUAUCUUUUCCUAUUGUACAUCCCACUGAACAACAAUACAGCUUUAUAUCUGAUAAGACAUAAACAAAUUGACUUGGUAAACAGAACUCAGCUGGUUCCCAUGAUUGUAAAAUUCAUUCAGUAUUUGCUCUCACAAGUGAUAACAUCUCUAAAAAUUGGAGAAUAGAUAGGAUUAAUCAAAUAUAGGACAUUUUAAGAUAUCCAGAAUCCUGAUACCUUGAAUAGGUAUUGUCCAUAAUACUGUGGGGUAUCUCCAGCCUGCAUUUACUCAAUGGCCCAGUAAAUCUUCCCCUUUGCUACCACUAAUGGUGGAACUGUAUUUUGAACAGUCACCAUUCAUACAAAAUACUUUUGUGUGGACAGUCUUGUUGAUGUACAUUAGCACUAUGAGGUCUGGGGUUGAAACUCAGAACAUUAAUCCUCCAGGUGUGUGACGGACUGCUGGGCAGGGCCGUCUUAACCUGAUAUUUAAAGUUCUUCUUGAAUUUCCCAUGGCCUGAAGAAAACAAAUGAUUAGUAGCUAUUCAUUACACCAGUUUCCUCCAUUUGCUGCUCUUGGGAUGAGCCGGACUGCAAUUUCUGUUAGGAUUAGCAGAUGGGAAGGAGGCGGUUGGAGGACGUGCAUUGAGGGCACCAGGUUGGGGAAGCCUGCAUUAGCUAAUUGGCUGAAUGUAGCUCUCAAGAAAACCAAGGGCAAGCAAAGGAGAUGAAUGAGAGCUGACCUAAUUUCUAACCUUCGAGAGGGAAUUCUGAAAGACAGAUGUUUUAAAUUUGUUUUAAGAAGUAAACUGAACAGGCUAACUAAGCAGACUGGCCUUUGCACAUCUUUGCCAUGCAAAAUCCGUCCUAUCAUUUCAAUUCUAGCAAGCUAUGUUUUUUUUAUAUAUAAAUAUAUAUAAAUAUAUAAAUAUUAUAUAAAUAAUGUAUAAAACAUUACAAAUUAACUAUGUAAAAUAUUAUUUCCAAACAAUGUUAGAUAUAUCCACUAUGAUUAUAAACUGUGUUUUGACCUGUGUUUAUUUACAUGUUGCUGCUUAAAAGGAAAGCAUUGACUUAAUUUUUUUAUAGUCGAUUAAAAUAUUGUAGUUCUUUGGUAGCAAUAUUUUAAUGAAAAUAACAACUAAAGACAGUUAUAUAAAAUUGUAUUAAAUUGUCUGUAUUUUUGUAAUGUUUCUUUCUCCUUUUUUGUAAAAAGAAGAAUAUGCAAGACUUUUUGUAGAGUACAGAAUUAAAGUUUGUAUUUGCAAAAAUA